AAAAAAAAAAAAAAGAGAGCAAGGGAGAAGACGAAAGCUUCUGUGUGCGCUCUCUCUCUCUCUUGCUUGUCUUUUCCAUGAUCCGCAAUCAUUUCAGGGACCAAUUUCUCCCUCGCUCUCUCUCUCUCUCUCCAUUAACAUAAGCAGCAACAGCUGACAAAAUCUGCUCCAAAAGAAUCUGAUCAUAUAUAUACAUUAAAGAAAAAGAAAACGUUUCCUUUUGUUGUUUGUUUGUUUGACGUUUCGCAGAAGAGCGAACAUGGUGUCUGCGAACCGUGAGAUGGUGGUGUUCUGCUUCGACACGCUCGUCGCUCACUACAACAGCGAAGAUGCUCCUCCCCCGGCCUUCGAUGAUGGUCACCACCCAUUGUUUGUUACUUGGAAGAAAUUGGUGAAUGGUGGGGAGCCUCGAUUACGUGGAUGUAUUGGAACUCUGGAAGCUCGUUGGCUAAUUAAUGGCUUCAGGGACUAUGCUCUAAACAGUGCUUUGAGGGACCGCAGGUUUCCCCCUAUACAGGCUAAGGAGUUACCUUAUUUGGAGUGUACAGUUUCCAUUCUGACUGAUUAUGAAACCGCUAACCACUAUCUUGAUUGGGAGGUUGGAAAGCAUGGUAUAAUUAUUGAGUUUACUGAUCCGGACAAUAAUACAAGGCGAAGUGCCACAUAUUUGCCUGAUGUGGCUGCCCAUGAAGGUUGGACAAAAACAGAGGCAAUAGACUCGCUGAUGCGAAAAGCUGGCUACAAUGGCUCUAUUUCCGAGUCACUCCGGAAGCGUAUACGACUGACCCGUUACCAGAGCACACUGUUUACAAUGCAAUACGGUGAAUAUGUUGCCUUUGUCAAGGAAACCAGGGGAGCAGCUCCGUCUAUUGUUGGGGCCAAGCCCGGGAACCAUUGAUUCUCCAAAAUAGCUCUUGCUACGACCAUAAAGCUAGUUUGGUCUAGACAAGAAUAAUUUAAAAGGAAAAGAAAAAAAAAAAACUAAAUUGGGUGGGACUGGAUUUGUUUGUGUUCCAGCCCUGACACCCAGGUAAUUGUUGUUACCUGUCCAUAUCAUUCUUCAAAUUCAUUUGAUUUUGGAGAAAGAAACCAGAAAGAACAGGUUUCCUUGAUUUCCAUACCCAAUAUUCACGUUUAGCAGCUUCUCUGGGAAUGCUGUGUUUGUAACUUGAAAAUGGUCCCGGAGUGCUUUAUCUUAUUAUGUUUAUCUUCUGCUCCAGUAUCCAAUAAUAUUAUUUGUUGGAAUUGCACUUUA